GUCUGGAAAAACUCAUCUUGUGUCCUGUGACAAGAAGCCUUCUCAACAUUCCCCAAGGACGGUGACACGAGCGAGGAUAUCACCUAUUGCUUACCUUCCUACUUUGUAUUGUUAGCCCGACAAGAAUCAAGCCCAACCACGAUAGAAGAAAGUAAACAUGCGAUCUAGUAAGAGGAUCUCAAAUAUAAAAGAUACCAACAUGCAGCUUCAAACGAUUUUCAGCCUCCUUCCACUGAUCUCCUCAGCAUACGCUGGAGUAUUCAUUCAAGGAUUCUCUGAUGGCAACACUGCUACCGCGGGCUGUCAGACAGGCCUCGGAAGUGUUACUAUUCCUCAGAAUGGAGAAUGCGUAGGAUUUCCGGCAGAAUGGCAAGGCAUUCAAGUUGCUGGUGGCGGAAGCAAUGAAUGUUUCCUUCGCAUAUUCCAAGAUGACGCUUGCCAGGUCGAUUCAGAGACUCAAAUUGGGCCGAUCAAUGAUCCAAACCUUGGGGGCUGCAUCGGUCCUUUUCCUUUCGAUGAAGGUGGAAACACUGUGUUCACUGGCAUUGGGUCUGGCUCACUUGUCAACUGCCCCACCUAGGGGUAGAAGAAUUGGCUAGGGCAAUUUUGAAGUGGUAUUGUGAUGAGUACGGCUCGAAGGUGUGCAACAUAAAGUUCGUCCAACACGACUUUGAAGGAAUAUAUAGGAAUUAUACAUUGGAAUAAUUCCCACCCGUGAGUUCCAAGGUGAAAUUAGCGAAUAGGCUCCUAGAUAAUAGUGGCCAGUAACUCUCGGUAUUCCAAGCCCCCGACAGCAAAACCUGAA